CCGACGACUUCCGGACCGGCCGGAGCCCGCAUCCUCUCGAGGCAACGGCGCCGCUUCCCGGCGGGCAGAAGCAGCACCAAUGGCGGCCAACUACUGGGAGUCGACGCAGAGGAAGCACUGGCAGUUCACGAAAGACGAGCUCGCGGCGCUGCGGCAGCGUCUCGACGAUGAGGACCCGGGCCUCGUGCACAUGUUCCCCCUGCCCCAGCUGCGCCAUCUCAACAUCUACUUCAACCAGCAGAUCAACCGGCUCGGCAAGCGCCUCGGCGUCCGCCAGCAGGCCAUGGCCACCGCCCAGGUCUACCUCAAGCGCUUCUACACGCGCACGCCGAUCCGGCAGACCAACCCCUACCUGGUCCUCACGACGGCGCUCUACCUGGCCUGCAAGAUGGAGGAGUGCCCGCAGCACAUCCGGCUGCUGUCGCAGGAGGCGCGGUCGCUGUGGCCGUCCGACAUGCACGGCCACGACGCGUCGCGCGUCGGCGAGUGCGAGUUCUCGCUCAUCUCCGAGAUGAACUCGCAGCUGAUCGUCCACCAGCCCUACCGCACCCUGCUCGCCCUGCAGGACACCUUCGCCCUCACCCACGACGAGACCUCGCUCGCCUGGAUGAUCAUCAACGACCACUACAUGACCGACCUGCCGCUGCUGCACCCGCCGCAUGUCGUCGCCCUCACCGCCGUGCUGCUGGCCCUGGUGCUCAGGCCGAGCAGCAACCCCUCCGGGGCGGGUGGUGCCGGUGCCGGUGGUGGGGCAGCGACAGCGGCAGCGGCGGCGGGUGCGACGGGUGCGGCAGGCGGCGUGGCGAUGGCUGCGACUGCGUUGGCGCAAGCGCAGGCGCAGGCCCAAGCCAGGGCGGCGGCAGCUACGUCGGCAGGUGGCAGCGGCGCAGCCACGCAGCCGGGCUUCAGCUCGCAGGGAUCGCAGCAGGCGCAGACGGCCGGGUUCUCGCAGGGCGGUUCUCAGGGAGACGGCCAGCAGGCGGCGGAGCCGAAGAAGGCGACGGACCCUCGGCUGGCGAAGGUCCAGCGGUUUGCCGCCUGGCUGGCCGACAGCAGCAUCGACAUCGAGGCCAUGGUCGACUGCACGCAGGAGCUGAUCUCGUUUUACGAGUGCCACGAGCAGUACAACGAUAAGCACACGCGCGAGCAGAUCAGCCGCUUCAUCAAGGCCCGGGGUCUGGAUAAGUGAGAGCCGCUAAGCAGGGGCUGCAGAGCACAUCUUAUAUUCUUACAAGCGGUUCCGACCCCGCCAGGCGACAGUCGACGGUCGAGUUGUCACCCAGCAUGAGCACUGGACAUGCUCGGGCACCGUAGCACCGGGAUCGCGGAGUUGUCCUAGCGUGGACG